GAUUUUUACCGGUCGUGUAUUGUUGUAUUUAGGUAAAAGUUCGUUAUUAAUAAUUUCGGCCCGUAAAGUUCUUAACAUCGCUCUAUAAUCGUAUUAACUGUGUGUAAUAGAGCUGAUAGACAAUUAUGGAAGCACUUAUACCAGUUAUCAAUAAAUUGCAAGAUGUAUUUAAUACGGUCGGAGCAGAUGCCAUCCAGUUACCUCAAAUCAUAGUUUUAGGAACACAGAGUUCUGGCAAGAGUUCAGUGAUAGAGAGUCUGGUUGGGCGCUCUUUCCUCCCCCGCGGUCCCGGCAUCGUGACCCGACGCCCGCUGGUUCUGCAGCUGGUGUACAGCCCCAAAGAUAGCAAGGAGCAUCGGUCUGCUGAGGAAGGGACUGUAAACUUAGAAGAAUGGGGCAAAUUCCUGCACACGAAAGACAAGAUUUACACAGAUUUCGACCAAAUCAGACAAGAGAUAGAGCGGGAGACGGACCGGAUGGCGGGCAACAACAAGGGCAUUUGCCCGGAGCCCAUCAACCUCAAGAUUUACUCCACCAAAGUUGUCAACCUCACCCUUGUGGAUUUACCUGGUAUCACCAAAGUACCUAUCGGUGACCAACCUGAGGAUAUAGAAAACCAAAUCAGAAACCUGAUAGUGAAGUACAUAGCAAAUCCGAACUCCAUAAUUCUGGCCGUGACCGCAGCCAACACAGACAUGGCAACCAGCGAGGCAAUCAAAAUGGCGAAGGAUGUGGACCCGGAUGGAAGGCGGACCCUGGCUGUUGUAACUAAGCUUGAUCUCAUGGAUGCCGGAACUGACGCAAUAGAUAUCUUAUGCGGGCGUGUGAUCCCCGUAAAACUCGGUAUUAUCGGCGUCGUGAACCGAUCGCAGCAAGACAUUAUCGAUAAGAAAUCCAUUACGGAUGCUCUAAAAGACGAAGCCACGUAUCUCCAAAGGAAGUACCCGACGAUUGCGACGAGGAACGGGACGCCAUACUUGGCCAAGACCCUGAACAGGCUGCUCAUGCACCAUAUAAGAGACUGCCUGCCCGAACUCAAGGUCCGGGUGAACGUGAUGAUCUCCCAGUUCCAAACGCUGCUGAACUCGUACGGGGAGGACGUGUCGGACAAGUACCAGACGCUGCUGCAGAUCAUCACCAAGUUCGCGAGCGCGUACUGCUCCACCAUCGAGGGCACGGCGCGCAACAUCGAGACCACGGAGCUGUGCGGCGGCGCCAGGAUAUGCUACAUAUUCCACGAGACCUUCGGUAGAACUCUGGAUUCUAUUCACCCGCUAGUAGGUUUGACGCGCAUGGACAUACUGACGGCGAUAAGGAACGCCACAGGCCCGCGGCCCGCGCUGUUCGUGCCCGAGGUGUCGUUCGAGCUGCUCGUCAAGCGCCAGAUCCGCCGCCUCGAGGAGCCCUCGCAGCGUUGCGUUGAACUGGUGCACGAGGAGAUGCAGCGGAUAGUGCAACACUGCGGCACGGAGGUGCAGCAGGAGAUGCUGCGCUUCCCGCGCCUGCACCAGCGCAUCGUGGACGUGGUGACGCAGCUGCUGCGCACCCGCCUGCCCGCCACCAACGCCAUGGUGGAAAACAUAGUAGCGAUCGAACUAGCAUACAUCAACACCAAGCAUCCAGACUUCCACCGCGAGGCGGCGCUGGUGUCGGGGCUGCUGCAGAGCACGGACUGCAUGGCGGACGACAGCCCCAUGUUCCGCCACAAGGCAAGAGCCACGCCCUCGCCGGUAUCCACGUUAUUCAAACUGCUUCUCCGCCAAAUGGGUGAAAGAGGGUCCAUCCUAGUAUUCAUGACGAAUAUCUGGGAUGCGUACAACCAGCACGUACCGGCCAUCACGGACGGCCAAGAGCACAAAACUCCGACACAAAAUAAUAUCAGUGAAUCUCCAGUCACACCCCAGGUAAACGGUGGGAGUCCUCCAGAGAAAGUGCUGACGCCGCAGAAGCCUGUGAACCUGCUGCCCGAGGUGCCGAGCCAGCAGUCGCGCAAGCUCUCCGACCGCGAGCAGCACGACUGUGACGUCAUAGGUGGACGGAGCGACAAAACGGCUAACGAUAUAUAUUACUCAAAGGUUGAAGGCAUCAGCAUGAUGCACUUAAACUCUAUGGGUGACUUAGUCGAGCGACUUAUCAAGUCAUACUUCUACAUCGUCCGCAAAUCGAUCCAAGACUCGGUCCCUAAGGCGGUGAUGCACUUCCUGGUGAACUACGUGAAGGACAACCUGCAGUCGGAGCUGGUGACGCACCUGUACAAGUCCGACCAGGCCGACUCGCUGCUCAACGAGUCCGAGCACAUCGCGCAGCGGCGGAAGGAGGCCGCCGACAUGCUCCGGGCUCUGCAGCGGGCCGGGCAGAUCAUCAGCGAGAUCCGGGAGACGCACAUGUGGUGAUGUUUCCUCGACGGAGAGGACUCUAGUCUGAAUUAGUUAAAUGAGCGAUGCUGGUGUAUUCCCUACAGUCCCCGCCAGCCACCAAUGGGAAUGGCCUCAUCUAUGGUGGGGCGGGGACAAAUGGGAACACACCGCGAUGCUCCGUACUCUGUACAUACUCCUAGCGUAGGUAAACACGUGACGUGCAUUAGGCUUCAUACUUACAGAUGCUUUUACUACAAUCCCAAUUUGUGUAGCUCUCUUUGCUAAAUCAUAAGUGUAUUAAUGAUGCUAUCAGAUGUCCACAAGUAUUUGAUUUGAAACCAAAAAAGGAACUUUUUUAACUAAUUUUUAGACUGCAUAUUAGUCGUAUUUAUAUGCACUUAUUGAAUGUGGCACUGUAUGUCUGAUAAACCCAAGCUAUUAUUUGUUGAACUAAUGUUUCUGAUUAUUGUUGAUUGUUUGAUACAAGCAGGUAUUUCAGAUAAUUUUACGUAAAUGUGAAGAUGGGUGAAUAUUUUAUACGUGUCUGUUAUAGAAGUUCUAAGAUGUAAAGUGCCAAUAAAAUUCGAGUUAUUUAGUC